UCAGAGCUAAGCUAGCGGUCACCCAGUCAGCUCACCCCGAGACGCACCAGGGGAUCUAUCGGAUCAUGGCAGGUGGGAGAUCGGGAUCGCGGGAGUUGCCGGAGACGCCGACGUGGGCGGUGGCCGUCGUCUGCGCCGUCCUCGUGCUCGUCUCCGUCGCCAUGGAGCACGGCCUCCACAACCUCAGCCAUGUACCCGCGCGCGCACGCGGUGUGCUCAUCUCUCGAGUUAAUUUGGUUGUUGUUGUUGUUGUGUUCUUGUGACAUCUCAAUUAACAUCCGAUCCUGGUCGAUCGAUCGCCCUGUGGUGGCGCUACUGCUUGCAUUGCAGUGGUUCCGUAGGCGGCAGAAGAAGGCCAUGGGCGACGCCCUCGACAAGAUCAAAGCAGAGCUGAUGCUGCUGGGCUUCAUAUCCCUGCUUCUCACCGUGGCACAGGCGCCCAUCUCCAAGAUCUGCAUCCCCAAGUCGGCUGCCAACAUCUUGUUGCCGUGCAAGGCAGGCCAAGAUGCCAUCGAAGAAGAAGCAGCAAGUGAUCGCCGGUCCUUGGCCGGCGCCGGCGGCGGGGACUACUGCUCGAAAUUCGAUGGCAAGGUGGCGCUGAUGUCGGCAAAGAGCAUGCACCAGCUGCACAUUUUCAUCUUCGUGCUCGCCGUGUUCCAUGUUACCUACUGCGUCAUCACCAUGGGUUUAGGGCGCCUCAAAAUGAAGAAAUGGAAGAAGUGGGAGUCACAGACCAACUCAUUGGAGUAUCAGUUCGCAAUCGAUCCUUCACGAUUCAGGUUCACGCAUCAGACGUCGUUCGUGAAGCGGCAUCUGGGAUCAUUCUCAAGCACCCCUGGGCUCAGAUGGAUCGUAGCAUUCUUCAGGCAGUUCUUUGGGUCCGUCACCAAGGUGGACUACCUGACCAUGCGGCAAGGCUUCAUCAAUGCGCAUUUGUCGCAGAAUAGCAAGUUCGACUUCCACAAAUACAUCAAGAGGUCUUUGGAGGACGACUUCAAAGUUGUCGUUGGCAUCAGCCUCCCUCUGUGGUUCGUCGGAAUCCUUGUACUCUUCCUCGAUAUCCACGGUCUUGGCACACUUAUUUGGAUCUCUUUUGUUCCUCUCAUCAUCGUCUUGUUAGUUGGGACCAAGCUAGAGAUGGUGAUCAUGCAGAUGGCCCAAGAGAUACAGGACAGGGCCACUGUGAUCCAGGGAGCACCUGUGGUUGAACCAAGCAACAAGUACUUCUGGUUCAACCGCCCUGACUGGGUCUUGUUCUUCAUACACCUGACACUCUUCCAUAACGCAUUUCAGAUGGCGCAUUUCGUAUGGACUAUGGCAACACCUGGUCUGAAGAAAUGCUUCCAUGAAAAUAUUUGGCUGAGCAUCGUGGAAGUCAUUGUGGGGAUCUCUCUUCAGGUGCUAUGCAGCUACAUCACCUUCCCGCUCUACGCGCUCGUCACACAGAUGGGAUCGAACAUGAAGAAGACAAUCUUCGAGGAGCAAACGAUGAAGGCGCUGAUGAACUGGAGGAAGAAGGCGAUGGAGAAGAAGAAGGUCCGGGACGCGGACGCGUUCCUGGCGCAGAUGAGCGUCGACUUCGCGACGCCGGCGUCGAGCCGGUCCGCGUCGCCGGUGCACCUGCUGCAGGAUCACAGGGCGAGGUCGGACGACCCGCCGAGCCCAAUCACGGUGGCCUCACCACCGGCACCGGAGGAGGACAUAUACCCGGUGCCGGCGGCGGCUGCGUCUCGCCAGCUGCUAGACGACCCGCCGGACAGGAGGUGGAUGGCAUCCUCGUCGGCCGACAUCGCCGAUUCUGAUUUUUCCUUCAGCGCACAACGGUGACGGGGGCGAUCGGUUUCUGUAUUGAUGCUGUACCAAACAUAGGAGUUUAAUAUAUAUAUAAUUGUUACGGUAAAAUCUAAUUAUUGUGCGCGCACUUAUAUUAGUCUUAUAGCGCGACUGGUUCGUGAUUAGACAAGGUGAUGCAUGCUGUUUAGUUAUAAAGGAUAUCAGCGCAGCUAAAAAAAACUUACUCCCUACGUUUUUAAUAGAUGACGUCGUUG